AUGUCUGCUCAAGAGGAACUGCGGCGACUGGGCUUGUUUGACUUGGCUCGCGCUAAGUUAGUCGAAGCACACAAGCUUAUGGACGAAGCAUGUGAACUCAUUAACCAGGGCCUUGGUAAUCUUAAACCAGAAAAGUCAGCCGCUGAAAAGUUGUCAGAAACCCUAGACUCGGAUGUCCACGUUGGCAGCACGAUUAAGUUAAACGUCGGUGGAAAGAUAUAUAAAACUACACUGGAGACCUUGAAAAAAGAUCAGGAUUCUAUGUUGUGUGCGAUGUUUUGCGGAAGGCAUAAAGUGAAACCAGACCCCGAAGAUGGCGCAUAUUUUAUUGACCGCGAUGGUAAACUUUUCAGGUAAGUCUGCAUGUGCCAUAGAACGUAAAGUUAAAACGAACUUUACCCUCACUAAGAAGUAAAAGAAACAAUACACUUUCUCCGUUAGCAGAACUGCGGAUUAUUGCCUUGCUGUUGCUAGGUUCUAUUCAUUAUGACGUUUGAAAUAAUAUUCCUUGAGUGAGUGCGUGUGGUAAAAACGUGUUUGUGUAUGUGCCGUGCGCUUAUGAUCUUAUCCUUGAAAAACGUAAUAUUUAACACGCAAUAACAGUGGACUUGAUGUACGAGAUCAUCGGUUUAAAAACCGCUCGUUUCCGUCCAGCGAUUACAAAAAACUCCACUCCAGGAAGCGUCUUCGAAAAUAAACGCCGUUUAAGAUGAGAAAGAAGGAAAGCUCCCUGUUUUUUUUUCUUUUUUUUUUUUUUAAUUGGAUAUGAGGGGACGCCCGGACUUUACCGUAAACGAAGCCCAACGUGCGACAGCGUAGCGAGCGUCGGUCACGUGAUUGCAAUAUCUCUUAUAGCGACUUCUUAUCUGCACGUGCUUCAACACGUUUUUCCUUUUUCCUUGCUUGGUGGCCAUAUGUAGAGUUUCUACAGAAAUGAUUCGGUGACUAUUACAAUUUGAAGGAUUCUUCCUGCCAGGAGCACGCAAAUGUUAAAACCGAAAUACCAUAUAUAAGUUGAAAUUUCAAAAACGUAAGUUUUUGAAUCUGUUUUAUGCAAAUCUUCGACUGUUUUAAUUGAAUGUUUACAAAAGUGAACGUUGCUAGCAGCAUGAAUUCUAACAUCAGGAGCCAGUAUUUAAUACUACGAACGAAUAUCGAUUUCUGGCGUUACUGUUAAUGCAAGUCGAACAACGCUCAAAAUAAGUACGAGCAAAUCGAGAUUGUAAACAAAAAAACUGAGCCAGAUUAAUUCGAUAAAUAUCAUUAUAAACGCGAAAAUUUCAAAACACGACUCUUCCGAGUAACGUGCGUUAUUCGAAAGGUAAUGUCAAACCCUCAGCCUCCAUGAACAUUUUGUAGCGGAUGUGACUAAAAACAUGGUUGUUUGUGCGAGGACUGAUUAUUCACGAAACGGACUGAAAGAAAGAGCUUCUAACAAAUAACAAUUGAAAAAAGAGAUUGCCAUGUCAGCGGUUACAUAGAAAACGGAGCACGCAUUUGUCUUUCGAUUCUACAACAUUAAAAAUUUUGUUUUGUUUAUUUCUAACCUAGUAAAUAAUAAAUGUUCCGCUUAGGUACAUUUUGAACUAUCUUCGAAAUGGCGAGCUCCUUUUCCCAGAAAACAAAAUUCUCAGGAAAGAACUACUUAACGAAGCCGACUUUUAUCAGAUUCAAGGGAUAAUCGUUCAACUAAGUGAAAACUUAACCAGACUAUCCAAAAUAAUAAAGAAUGAAGAUCAUGGCUUCACUGCCAUGUCAUGGUUGCCUCCUUGUGCUUCUUGUACCUUGCUGUUCCGAGCCAGGAUCGACGGAAAGACUGCUGCGGACUUUCACCGUUGCUGUGACAACAAAGGGCCUACCCUUAUAGUGAUACAAAGUGGAGUAUACAUCUUUGGCGGCUACACAUCAAAGUCAUGGACAUCACGUAUGUGCUCCAUCAAUUUGUAAAAUAUUUCAGACUUAACAUUUAUGUCAGUAGAGAUAAACCUUGUCCCUCGGGUGUACAUGGCGUGCAUCAUCAUGAUCAUCAUCGUCAUCAUCAUCAUCAUCGUUAUCAUCAUCAUCAUCGUCAUCAUCAUCACCAUCAUCAUCAUCAUCAUCAUCAUCAUCAUCAUCAUCAUCAUCAUCAUCAUCAUCAUCAUCAUCAUCAUCAUCAUCAUCAUCAUCAUCAUCAUCAUCAUCACCAUCAUCAUCAUCAUCAUCAUCAUCAUCAUCAUCAUCAUCAUCAUCAUCAUCAUCACCAUCAUCAUCAUCAUCAUCAUCAUCAUCGUCAUCAGCAUCAACAUCAUCAUUAUCAUCAUCAUCAUCGUCAUCAUUAUAAACGUUAAAGGCCCACUAAAAGGAUUUCUGUUCAGGAUUUCGCUCUUUUGUAAAGGAAACAUUAAAAUACUACCUAAAAGAGCAAGUACUAUUUUUUUUCUUAUGAUAUUUAUUCACAUAGCCCAAGCAACGCAGUACUACAUUGUUGAAACUGAGAGUGAAUGGUAUCAUGCAAUCCAUUAAUCAAUCAUCAAUUUUUGAUUUCAAUUGACAAUUCUAUUAUUGAUCAAGUAUAAACUAUUUUUCUUGAACUGCAGACUAAUAUCCAUUGUAUACAAGGUUCAGAAAAUCUCCUAACCAAUUUGUUUUGAAAUGUUGGUCCUUAGGGGUGGGAGGAGAGGGCUUGCAUUUUGGCUGUUUUAUUUAUUUAUUUAUUUAUUUAUUGUUUAUUGUUUAGCUUCCUCCUUAAUCACCUUUGCUGACACUGACUCCUUCUUGUUUACACUGAUCAAUCCUGCUGGGAACCAGCCGGCAAAGCUUACCUCAAAACCAGCUGGCGGAAUACGAUGCUGUAGUGGUAGGGGACCAGCUUUCGGUAAUAAAAGCUACUACGACCUCAAAAUUUGGGACGGAAAUCAAGCAGGUUACCUUGAUCUCGGCUACGGUUUCAACUUUCCCAGUUCCGAGAACAAAACAGGAUACUUCACUGGCUCUGACGGUUUUGUGGUUACGGAAUUAGAAGUUUAUAAAGUGGGGUUUAAGAGUAAACUUAGCACUUGA